UUUUACUUAAAAUGUAGAAUAAGAUUUUAUGGGAAGGCUACAAGGGAGCGGAGAUUGAAGUGAUCGUGCAGGAAGUGAAUUUGAAAAUACUGGAGGGUAUGGAGGGAAGAUAGGCAAUAUUGGUCUUGAGAAGAUAACUCAGUGUGUGAUUUGUGGUUUUGGGAGAUUUUCUUACAAUGGAUAAACCCAAACUUUCUCCGAGUAAAAUCAUUCUUUCGUUCAAAAUUCAAAACCAUAAAGGAUCCAUACAUCCUUGACACUCCAGUCACCUCUGAGGAUGAGCUCACACCGGAAGACCGUUAUCAACGUUACACAAACAAAAAACAAUGGCAUGCAGACAGAAAGCUCCGAAAGGACCGCCAAAAGCACCUAUAGAACAACAAAAACUCCGCCAGGCCAAGCUCAAGCUCGAGCAAGAACGCCUACAAAAAGAACGGCUAAAACAACAGCACCAGAAGGACCUUGACCAGGAAAAGGCCAGAAUCCAGCACGAGCGUAAACGGCAGAAGAAGCAGAAGGCUAAGCAAGAAGAACAAAAGAGAGAUGCUGUCUUCGCAAGUGUGUUCAGGAUGGAACAGAAGGAGAAUUUUGUACUGAAAAGUGAGGAUCCUAGUAGAGAUUUUGGGAAAAUUUCGAAGGAUGAUAGGAAUGGGUAUUAUAGGGUGCUGAGAGUGGGAAAAGAGGCGAAGAAGGAAGAGAUACUAGCGAGUUAUAGGAAGUUUGUACUCUUCAUGCAUCCUGAUAAGGGAGGGUCCAGUGAUAAGUUCCAGUAUUUGACAGAAGCGAGGAAAGUACUAGAAGAUGAGAGGAAAAGAAUGGUUUAUGAUAGGUUUGGGAGGAAGAAACUGCAAGCGUCACUGAAGUUAGCGAAUGAUUAUGAGUUUCAAGAGUUAGUUAGGAAAGCGCAGAGAGGGAGUAGAGUUAAAGUUAGUAUGAAUAAAGCAGCUAAUAGUUUUACGAAUGUGGAGAGGAGUUAUAAUAUUUUAUAUCCUUUAUCAGAGCUAAAGAAGGAUAUAGCUCCAGUGAAAUUAUCAAUCGCUGUAUCACUUUCAGAAGUAUACAAAGGCUCUUCCAAAUAUAUUGACCACUCCUUAAUAACUCCUUGAGAGACCUGUCAUGGCAAAGGACUUGAACCAAAGUACAUCCAGAGAUGAAAUUAUUGAGAAGGAAAAGGAGAAAUUUCAGAACCUAAUUACUUCAAUUGAGCCUUUAAAUCUCGUAAUUCAAGAUGAGAGCAGUGAAGAGGUAUGGGAGAGAUAGUCAUCCAAGAAAUAAAGUGUAACACUUGCAAAGGAAAACGAACUAAGACACUUGAACUGCCUAUCAGAAUCGAGAUUCCCAAAGGGAUACAUACUGGUGACAGAAUUGAAUUGCUCAAAAGUGGGAAUGAGUUUAUCAGCGGAUUCAGAGGUGAUUUGAUCAUUGAAUUAAGAGUAAAGGACGAAAAAGGAUAUAAAAGAAAUGGAGAUGACCUUGAAUACACAAAGAAGAUAUCAAUAGAACAAGCAUUUUGAGGAACUCAAUUUGAAAUCGAAUCACUUACAUCAGGAAAAAUCAUGCUAAAGAAUGAACCAGGAGAAAUUAUAAAGCAAGAAGAGUAUGUCAUGAGAGGACUUGGAAUGCCAAAGUAUAAAACUCAGAAUGAGUUUGGAGAUCUGAUAGUCAAAAUUAAGCUAAAGCUACCAUCAAAGAUAUCUGAAUCUGAUGUGGUAAAAGCAAGAAAGUUUUUUCAAUGAUUUCCUUCAGAAAAACCGUUAAUUAAAACACAAGACAGUCUGAAGUUAAAAAAGCAAAAGAAGAGAAGUAACUCUGCUCCGAGGCCUCUUCCUUCCCUCAAGAAAAAACCAAAUCGAAAAAUAUAUCUGUACCAAACCCAGGUAGUAUUCCUUAACAAGCCAGAAAAAUCCAAAAGACCCCAUUCAAACCCUCGAAAAUCAUAAUUUUUCAAAAAUCCAAUUUUUUCAAUCUCCCUUAAAACCCCUCAUAAUACCCUCUAACCCCCUCUAAGACCCUUCCAGGCACCCUCCACUUCCCACCAUCCCCAAAACUCUGAAACCCCUCUCUUAUUCAAUCCAAAACCAGUCCCUCAAAUCCACCCCAAGUGUGCCAGGACGCUCCAUUCCAAUUAAACCCAGCCAGAGGAACAAGCUAGAGGUCAAGCGCAGUUUUCAAUAAAUUUAGCUU